AUGGCAGAAACAACAGCAACACCAGCAGCCCCUCCAACCAUCUCUACACCCUCACUCAACCUGCGCGCUCCAAUCAGACUCGCAACAUCCGCCGACUCAGAAGCCUUCAAACCUCCGCCGUUGGAAUGGCUUCAAAGGACCUGGUCCGUAACCCACAGCACCCUCCCAAUGUGGAAGAAAGCAAAAAACGUCCGUAUAACCUACGCACUCAUCCCUCCUUCCAUGCCCGGGGGCCCCACUCUCCUCGAGGAUGUCGUAUCCAACAAGCCCAUCAAGAAAGGUCUAUUGCCAAGCAUGGAAGAAAUCCGCGGCAUCGAUUACCCUUGCGACAAGAACGGGGACGAGGUCAAAGACGCGGCGGACGCGGUGCAAUGGCAUUGGAAGGGGAAGGGCUGGUUGAAGAUUGCGGGGGGUUCGAGAUGGGAAGUUUUAGGCUGGGGUGAGAAGGGGGAGGAGAGGUGGGUUAUUACAUGGUUUGCGGCGAGUCGGUUCACGCCGGCGGGGAUUGAUGUUUAUUGUGAUAGGAUAGAAGGUAUUAGUGAGGGUUUGUAUGGGGAGCUUGAGAGGGGGUUGAAGGGGUUGGGGGUCAAGGAGGUAGGGGACUUGGCGGGGACUAUGUUUCCUGUAUUGAUUGAAUAG